GUCACGGAGCAAGGGCCGACGCGUUGAUAAAAUGAGGCGGACUAGGACUAUUAUGCUUCAUGCAUUACUAAUGUGCAUCAUUGUGGUAUCGUCUCAAGAUUCAGUCGAAGAGAUUCUUGUGGAGUUCAAAAAUUUAUUAUCAAAUGCCUCUGCACUAGAUAGCUGGAAUAAGGAUGUUCCUAUCUGUAGUGACAGCAAGUACUGGAUCGGCUUGAUCUGCGUAAAAGCUGGCUUCUGGGGAUUCAAAAUUGACUCCAUGGGGCUCUCAGGCGCCCUAAAUGUUGAGCCCUUAACAAAGUUGUCUACUCUGUUUAUGCUAAGCUUUGAGAAUAACACCUUUGUUGGUCCGUUCCCUAGUAACAUAAAUAAAAUCCCGAAUCUUUUUUAUCUUUCCCUGUCAAAUAACAAAUUUUCUGGGGAGAUACCAGGGGAUGCUUUUAAGGGCACAAAUAUAUCGACUCUUUAUCUUGGAAACAAUGAUUUCACUGGGAAAAUCCCAAAGUCCCUUGCAGGUCUUUCCACACUUGAUGAUCUGCAGUUGCAAAAUAACAAAUUUGAAGGUGGCAUUCCUGAUUUUAAACAGAAAGAUCUGGUAGCCAAUUUUGCCUACAACAAGCUAGAAGGUCCGAUUCCAGCUUCUUUAAGCGAUGAACCUCCAAGCUGCUUUGCUGGAAACAAUCUAUGUGGUAAGCCUUUAGGCAAGUGCCCGCCUCCCUAGAAGAAAUCUUCCCAGAGCGUCGCCUUCCACCUUUAAGCCAAUGUGUUUCAUCGGUAAAUCAUAUUCAGUUCAGUUACUUUGUUAUCAAAUUUAUAUGCAAGAAGUCUACCGUGUAUACUCACCAGUAAGCCUUAAUGAGUUUCACAAUGCAAGUGUAACUUUCAGCUCUUUCAAAUAAAUUAUCUUACAUUUGAGUUGCAGAUACCUGUUCCAGUACAUGUAUAAUUAU